UUCAACCGUCCCAAAACGGCCGCCUUUCUUCAAAGCCUGGGAUGACGCGCAUCGCGGUGUGUAGCCACCCAGUACGACGCCACACCGUUCGUAUGAACCGCGUGGGGCUUGCGCUGAGUGUUGUAUCGCUGCUCAACAUCGCCUCGAUGCCCAUGAAGGCGUACAUUUCCGAGUACCUUCCGUGGCGCGCGCCGCCCACUGUCCCCGACACGUACGCCAACUACUCGGACUUUAAUGCGCAAAAGCUCGCGUUCAACGGCGCCUUGUACAACAACGAGACGCUCUCUCGGGGCGCCACGUACUUGACGGAUACAGUCCACGACAUCCAGGUGAUGCGGUACGUGCUCUUUCCCGCGCUUGUGGCGCCGAUCUCGCGCGACAACUGCCUCUCGCAGUUCCUUGUCGGCCUCCCGGGCUUGGUAUUCUUUACGCCAGCGCAAAUGGACUAUCUUUGCCACCUCGUGGAAGCCACGAAUGCGACGACGCCCGUCGGUGUUGAGAGCGGCUCGUGCUUUCGCAAUACGCAGCUGACGCUCGAGAUCGGGACGAUUUGUCUCUGGGUGACGCGCGGCGAUGCGGUCUACGGCAGCAACGACUCGUUGGCGCUCACGUAUUCGUUCGUGUACAAUGCACCGCGCUAUUGCACGUGGCUCUGGUGCAAGUUUGCCUACCGCGUCUUCACGACCGGCAUCGUGAUUCGUCGCCUAUGGUCACAGUACUAUCGACAUAUUGUACAUCUGCGACAGCGCCUUGUCCUUGAGAGCCAUGUCGCGACGCCGAGACGCGACCGCUGGCGCUACGAGCUCGUCUUGGGCGACCCGACAGCGAUCAUUCUGUUGGAUGCGUGGGUCGCGCUGGCGUUCGUGGUCGACAUUUGGCUCAGCACGGCCAACGUCGGUAUCGCAGUUCUUCGCGCCUCCCAGAACAGCGACAUCGUCGUCAACCUCCUCAACAUCUUGUAUCUCUCCCGUACGGUGUGGUUUGGUUACUUUGGUCUGUGCAUGACCGCGCACCUUCUCCGGCGCUACGAAGCACAGCACCUCUUUGACGAAGUCGAUCCGACCAUGGUGGCGAUCGGGGUCACGGUCUUUGGCCCGCUCAUCUCAUGGCUCAGCGGCAACUGGGCGCCGCUGGCGUCCGUAUACCACUGGCUCUUCUCGGUGCUCGUGCCGUACGAGCAGAAGAGCGAGAAGGACGAGAUCUUUCUUGCGUGCGUCUUUUAUACCUUUUGCAUAGCGAGCCUGCCGGUCGGCUAUGGCUUUGUCGCUGCGUCUGUGCGUCAUCGUGCGUUUCCCAUGUUGAAAUAUUGCAAAAUUGGCGUCGGGCCUCGACUGCGCGCGAUCGACUAUAGCAGUUAUGUGUACAACACGGUCAAGAACCGACUGCUUCUGAGCCUUGUGCGGUCGUUUCGCGAUCCAUCGGCGAUGCCGAGCCGAGGCGGGUCCAUCUACGAGCUCUUUCGACGCAACGCCAACUACAAGACCAGUGCAACACUCAGUCUCUGCGGUGCCGACUGCUACCUCCUUUGCUACGACGGCGACGACGUGCUCACCGAGAAGCUUCGGCUGAGUCUCCUCAGCAGCUUAUCGCAGAACGGUCGCACUACGUUGAUUGCCGAGUCGCGCACGGCGUCGCCGUAUAUCUUCAACGCGCUCGAGAUGCAGCUACCGGACGUCUUGCGCAGCCGCAGUUCCAAAGUGCGGGUGCAAGGUGAAGUCGCGUUUGUCGCGAUACAGCGCCCUCUGGCACCGUCGCCAUGGUGUCUUUAAACAAAAAUCGUAAGAAUUCUGGUGGGGCUAGGACUCUCGCAGGCUACGUGCUGCGGAUCAACCCACGAUCUACUCCUUGAACAAAGAAUUGUGAUUUAAGCAAGGCCAUA